AUGUCCAUGGGCCUGGAGAUCGCGGGCACCUCGCUGGCCGUCAUGGGCUGGCUGGGCACCAUCGUGUGUUGCGCGCUGCCCAUGUGGCGCGUGUCGGCCUUCAUCGGCAGCAGCAUCAUCACGGCGCAGAUCACCUGGGAGGGCCUGUGGAUGAACUGCGUGGUGCAGAGCACGGGCCAGAUGCAGUGCAAGGUGUACGACUCGCUGCUGGCGCUGCCGCAGGACCUGCAGGCGGCCCGCGCCCUCAUCGUCAUCGCCAUCCUGCUGGCCGCCUUCGGGCUCCUUGUGGCGCUCGUGGGUGCCCAGUGCACCAACUGUGUACAGGACGACACGGCCAAGGCCAAGAUCACCAUCGUGGCGGGCGUGCUCUUCCUGCUGGCCGCCUUGCUCACCCUCGUGCCGGUGUCCUGGUCGGCCAACACCAUCAUCCGUGACUUCUACAACCCCUUGGUGCCAGAUGCACAGAAGCGCGAGAUGGGCUCCGCCCUGUACGUGGGCUGGGCGGCCGCGGCGCUGCAGCUGCUGGGGGGCGCACUACUCUGCUGCUCGUGCCCGCCGCGCGAGAAGAAAUACACGCCCGCCAAGAUCCUCUACUCGGCGCCGCGCUCUACCGGCCCGGGCACCGGAACCGGCACAGCCUACGACCGCAAGGACUACGUCUGA